UGCAUACUGUAUAUAAAGUGAAGGGAGACGUGGGGCGUUUAUUUCCUGUGGAUUGGAUGCGUUCACUGCAGCGGUGUCAGAUCAUCUAACGGAGACUUCCUUCAUCCUUCAAGAAGUGCAGCGAGCUCCUGUCCAGCAGUCCAACCAUGGUGUGGGUGCUGCGGUAUUUGGUGAUGAUGCUGAGCUUUUGUAGCCCAGGUUACGGUAACCUUGUGAAAAAUCGUGGAGACACCGCCACAUUUCCCUGCGGGUACACCCUAUCCUCUGCCGACGGGUACUACGAUAUCAAGUGGUUGAAGCAGCUUCCAAGUAUGAAGGAACCUUUUUACAGAGGCAUUGUUAGGUUUACCAAUGGCAACCUGUAUACUGAUCUGUACCAACCAAUGAAGGGCAGGGUCUCCUUCAGAUUUCCUGACCCCAGCAAAGGAGAUGCUUCCAUAGCCAUCAAAGACUUGCAAACCUCCGACAAGGGGACCUACGUGUGUAAAGUGACAAAGUCAGCUGAAAUCCUUAAAGAAGAAGCCUUUGUCAUAGAAGUGAAGGAUCAGUAUGCCCCCGUUAUUUGUAGCGUGCACGGGGAGCCUACACUGGGUAUGGAUGUGAUGUUCAAAUGCAGUUCCUUAGAAAGCAUCAACGUGCGGUACACGUGGAAGAAGACCAGCGGAAACAAGAUGUUGCCUCCCGACGCCAUUGAGGACACUGAAAAAGGUGAAUUGUUUAUAAACAUCAGAGACAACGACGACUAUGGACACUAUCUCUGUACGGUGGAAGGUCUGGCUUCCUCCAAAAGCUGUCUGGUCCAACUCAAGGAUCCACUUGAUCCACCACCGAGCGAUGACGAUGAAUCUCCAGGCACUGUGUUCCCUGUGACCCCAAGCAAAGACCCGGCGGUCCCCAGCAAUGACCUAAUGGCCUCCAGCAAUGACCCAAUGGCCUCCAGCAAUGACCCAAUGGCCUCCAGCAAAGGCGAUACAACUACAAUAGCGGCCGUGACGACCACCAUGCUUUUGCUGGCUAUCGUCUGUGCUGUGGUUGGUAUCUGGUACUGGCGUAAGAGAAUCGGUUCGUAUGCCCCCAAUGAAAGGGGGGAGGUGGCGCAACCUCGGCCAGACGGAGCCACCGUGCUGCCUCAACCAUCAAACGGGGGACAUCUCUACUAUGACCAGGUGGAUGAUCUUUGAGGAGGACCAGGACAUGUAGUGGCAACAUCAUCCCUACACGGGUUUUUUCAUAUCGUUUGUGCUGUGUUGUCUAUACCAUACGCUAGAGGUCUCAACCAUGCAGGAGAUCACCAGCUGAUGUUUAGCAGCUCACCAAAGUGUUCAUUCAGACAUUAUACCUGCAUGUAUUUAAUGACAAAUUACCACAAUUUCAGAAGCACUGUUGUAAAGUAAAACUACUCUUAGAUUACUACUAUGAUUCAAAAUCAUUUGAUAAUUUAUGAUUGACUUUAUUUUAUUGAAAUCACAUCAUGGGAAAACAUUACAUUACAUGGAAAAAAUGUGCAACAUGUAAAAGUGCGAAAUAAAAACAUCAAAUAUAGGCUAUAGAAUACACUGUUAUGUGCAAUAAGGUGCAGUUAUAUGCACGUUCAAGUUCCCAUUCUGUGCACAACAACCUACACGAGUCUUCCAGAGGAAGCUGGACUUGACCGAGAUGUUUCUUCAUCAAGUGUAUUCAAAUAGCAUAAACACAUCAAUGAGUACUGGAGAUAAAAUACACAAUAAAUCAUAGAAAUCAUAGAAUAUUAUUCAAGAAUAUUCAUUUUGCACUCAUUCAGCAUCACUCCAACAAACAGAACACGAUCUUAGUAUAGAAAUCACAGCUUGUAAUGAUUCAUCUUGGGAGGUAUUAGACCAGGAUCAGGAAUCAGGAUCAGACCAGGGUGCCCUCCGCCUCUCGCCCAAAGUCAGCUGGGGUAGGCUCCCUACACCUGACAGGUGAACAAUGAAGUUAGAUCAAAUGUGCUUUUGUUAUCAUUGGCUGUAAAAAAAAAACAAAUCCAGAAAAAAUAAGGAACA